CUUAGAUUUAGAUAAGUUAACUGCCCCCGUCAAUUCUUUUCCGUUGCGGGACGGAAACCAAAUGGCUACUACUAUUCCCAAUAUUAACGGCACCGUCGUUGCCGGAAUUGGUACCGGAACCGAGAUCUCCUGCAAUGCAACUCGCCGAUCUGUCUUCGGCCUUAUGCCUGCACCUUCAGCUCUGUCAACCGCUCUUCGUAUUCCGACCGGUUCGCUCUUGAUUAACUUCGGUCCGAGUCGAGCCGGUCGAGUUGACUCAUUCCUUACUGGUUUCACUUUCUCGUCUUCUUCAAUUCGAUCCUUCGCCGCAGAGUCCGCCAGCGAGCAAGUGCAAGCUCAUUCUUCAGCUCAAGGUAUUGAGAACUUGGUAAUAGUAGGAUCAGGUCCUGCUGGGUAUACAGCAGCAAUUUAUGCUGCUCGGGCCAACUUGAAGCCCGUGGUGUUUGAGGGGUUUCAAGUGGGUGGUGUUCCAGGAGGACAAUUAAUGACAACAACUGAAGUAGAAAACUUCCCUGGGUUUCCUGAUGGGAUAACUGGCCCUGACUUAAUGGAUAGGAUGCGACGACAAGCUGAGCGAUGGGGAGGCGAAUUGUUUCAGGAAGAUGUGGAAUUUAUUGAUGUCAAGAACACUCCUUUUACUGUACGAAGUAGUGAACGUAAGAUCAAGUGCCAUAGUCUUAUCAUAGCAACGGGGGCCAGAGCUCAAAGGCUAAGAUUACCUCGUGAAGAUGAAUUUUGGAGUAGAGGUAUUAGUGCAUGCUCAAUUUGUGAUGGAGCAUCACCACUUUUCAAGGGUCAGGUUCUUGCUGUUGUUGGAGGUGGUGAUACAGCUACAGAGGAAGCAAUAUACUUAACAAAGUAUGCAAGCCAUGUCCAUUUACUUGUCAGGAGGGACCAACUAAGGGCAUCAAAGGCAAUGCAAGACAGAGUUUUUAACAAUCCAAACAUCACUGUGCAUUUCAACACUGAGAUUGUUGACGUUGUCAGCAACUCUAAAGGCCAGAUGUCGGGCAUUUUGAUCAGAACAGUUGAUACAGGAGAAGAGUCUGUGCUCGAGGCAAAAGGCCUAUUUUAUGGUAUCGGUCAUUCUCCAAAUAGUAAACUCUUGGAAGGCCAAGUUGAACUUGAUAGUGCAGGCUAUAUAUUAGUCAAGGAGAGCACUGCCAAAACUUCUAUUGAAGGUGUAUUUGCAGCUGGAGAUGUCCAGGAUCAUGAAUGGAGGCAAGCUGUAACUGCAGCUGGCUCUGGAUGUUUAGCUGCUCUAUCAGUGGAGAGAUAUCUUACAAGCAAAAAUCUUGUGGUUGAAUUUCACCAGCCGCAAGCUGAAGAUAAUAAAAAGGAACUUACGGAGAAAGAUGUUCAAGAAGGUUUUGAUAUAACAUAUGCAAAACACAAGGGCCAGUAUGCUUUGCGGAAAUUGUACCAUGAGAGCCCAAGGCUUCUGUGUGUACUAUAUACAUCGCCAUCAUGUGGUCCAUGCAGGACUUUGAAACCAAUUCUUAGCAAGGUAAUUGAUGAAUUUGACCAGCAUGUCCACUUUGUUGAAAUUGACAUUACUGAAGACCCAGAGAUUGCUGAGGCAGCUGAAAUUAUGGGUACUCCAUGUGUACAAUUUUUCAAGAAUAAGGAAAUGCUCAGGACCAUAUCAGGUGUAAAAAUGAAGAGAGAGUAUAGGGAGUUAAUCGGAGCAAAUAAAUGAGGAUUUAGAGUUAUCUUGUUCCUAAGAUAAUCCUUCCCAGCUUUGUUAUGGCGAAUCCUAAAUGUUAAGUCAUCAACACUUCCAAAUGCCACUUCUUCCUGUCACAUCUGUCUUCAGAACUAUAUAGCCAUAAAAAAGCACGUCUUAGUUGGCACGAAUCAUUUCUUUCCUGGGCUGGUCAUUUUUUAAACAGCCUAAUACCUUGUAUUAGCUCAAUUUAUACUUGAAAUUGCACAUCAAAUGUCCUCAAUUUGUCAGAAAGUUCGAAAGUAAUCAAGAAACAAACAGUGCACCCGGAAAUCAUUUUGUUUGAAAGAUUGUUCUUUACAUUUUUCACUAUUAUUUGCCUAUUAGAAGCAACCUCAUUACCCCACAAAGGUAGGGGUAGGUUCUACGUACACCCCACUUGUGGAAAUAUAUUGGGUAUAUUGUAUUUGUAAUGGGUGGUAACUAUUGGUAUUGGACUUCUUUUAUUUUUUGGUUACAUGGUGUUGUGUUUUUCAUUUGUC